AUUCCGUUUCGUUGACGUUUGUGUACUGAGGCAAUACUGAUUUUGACAGUUUUUCAAUUGCUGUUUUUCGUUGCUGAAAGCAAAAUCGACAAAGCAUCAGAUAUGGCAUCUCGUCGUGUUACUCAAUCUGCUAUCAAUUGGGCAGCAAUAGCUGAACGUGUACCAGCAAAUCAAAAAACCAGCUUUGGCUCUUUCAAAGCUAAGUCCGAUACAUAUAUACGUGCUGUUUUGGCUAAUCCCGAAAAUCCACCAAAAAUCGAUUGGGCGCACUAUAAACGCAUUAUUCCACUUCCUGGAUUGGUGGACAACUUCCAAAAACAAUAUGAAGCUAUUCAAAUUCCUUAUCCUAAGGAUAAUCUUGGUGGUCAAAUAGAAUCACAGAUUAAAGAAACUAAAACUGAAAUAGAAGCUUUCAAGAAAGGCUCUGAAACACGUAUUGUUGAUUAUCAAAAAAAGAUUAGUCACCUCAGCUCACUACUGCCAUAUGGCCAAAUGACUAUGGAAGAUUAUCGUGAUGCAUUCCCCGAAUCAGCCUUAGAUCCCAUUAAUCGUCCUACUUUCUGGCCACACAACCCAGAAGAACAAUUGGAUUAUCAAUCUAAGGAACAAGAAGGUGCAGGUCAUUAAAUUCGAUGCAGUGUGACUUUAGAAAACAUGCAUAACGAUGCAAUAUAAAAUCUGAUUACAAAUGUGUUUACAACUUAAUUGAAAUUAUUAAAAACUAUUUCAAAUUGA